AUGGAGAAUAUUGAAGCUCGCCAUAUUCAAGAGGCGGAUAAUGCAUCAACGUUAGAGCCACAUUGGGGAUAUGUUGAUCGAAUACUUCCAUGUACCAGUGAUGCUGGCUCGUGUGAAUAUCUAGAUGUUGACUAUCAUUCGCACGAUCUAUCGAUGCUCUACACCUUCAUCCUAUGGGCAGUCAUCGGGGGUCUUCUUGUUAUACUCAUCACUCUUCGUUUCAUAAAGCCUUCGGGGCAAACUACCACCCAAAUUAGAGACUCCGAAAUCCAAAGUAGCGCAGGCAUAUCAUCCUGGUACUAUCGUGCAUGGCGAGGAACAAUAGCUACUCUCCGAAGAUACCUCCUUCCUGAGACAUUUGUCAAAUUUUUCGGACAUGUUACCAGGUUGCAAGUAUUAAUAUUAGCGAUUUUAUUGGGUUAUUUACUCAUAUUCACUCUUGUUGGAAACGUCUACAAAAUAUGGAUGACUCCAGUCAAAAAUACGACUUUACACAAUACCCGAUCCUGGCUUGGUCCUUUCGCCGACCGUGUAGGAGCACUCGCAUACGCAUUAACACCUUUCACAAUACUACUCAGUACUCGUGAAUCGGCCCUUAGUCUUGCUACCGGAAUCCCAUAUCAAUCGUUCAACUUCCUACACCGCUGGCUCGGUCGUAUCAUCUUUAUUCAAUCCGCGUUGCAUACGUUUAGCUGGACGCUUAUCGAAGGACGAUUGUACCAACCACAACCCACCACGUACCAGACUUUCAUAAAAGAACCAUAUAUCGUAUGGGGUUGUAUUGCAUUUCUUUUUAUUUCCUUUCUGUAUAUCUUUAGUAUCCGAAGAGUCAUUCAAUGGACAGGAUAUGAGUUCUUCAGGAAAACUCAUUAUGUGGUGGCUUGUUUGUAUAUUGGCGCAUGUUGGGGACAUUGGCAACAAUUGAAAUGCUGGAUGAUUGCCUCUCUCGGAUUGUUCUUUGUCGACCGAGGUGUGAGGAUCGUCAGGACUUUGCUGAUACACAUUGGAUAUUUUGAUGCUAGUGGCAAUACAGGCAUUGGUUUCCAUCCAGCACAAUCAACACUUCAAUACUUCGACGAUAAAGACGGCGGUGUCAUUCGAUUAGAGUUCGACCAUAAACACGCUCCAUGGGCAAUUGGCCAACAUUUCUUCCUCUGCUUUCCCGCCCUCAGUAUCUGGCAAUCUCAUCCAUUAACCAUAGCAUCUCUACCCUCAAACCACCACACAUACAUCAUCCGCUGUCGCUCAGGCGAAACGGGAAACCUCAAGAAAUUAGCCUUGGAUGGUCAACUCACAACACCGGUUAUCCUUAGCGGCCCGUACGGAGAAGCUCUUCUAAACCCAAAAGAAGAACCAACCAACAUUCUAGCUAUAGCUGGUGGAACAGGCAUUUCUUUAACAUUACCACUCGUUUUAGCUGCUACGUCUAGUCACGCAACAUUAUACGAAGGGCGAGCUAUCGACUUCGUUUGGAUCGUGAGACGGAGUUCGUGUUUGGAGUGGAUUACGGAGGAAUUGGAGGAGAUCAAACGUCGAACAUAUGAUACUGGAUUAAAUGUCCAUGUUCACAUCUAUGUCACGCAAGAAAAAGCCCCAUCAGAAGAAGAAUCCGAUGACGCGAUUAUAAACGACGAGAAAACAGUAAUGGAAACGGACGACAAAGCUAUGGCAGAUUCAGUAUCAAGUUUAGGCUCGGGAGAAAACUCUGCAGGUUUCAAAAUAUCAUUUCUGGGUGGUUGUAAAUGCUGUCAUCCGGAUAUCAAGGAGAUGGUGAAGAGCUUCAUGCAGGAAAGAGCGGGCGAUGCUUAUAGGACGAGGGUUAUAGCGAGUGGACCCAUGGGUAUGGGCUCUGAUUUGAGGAGCGCGGUGGCGGGCUGUAAUGACGGAAGUGCGGUUUUCAGGGGGGAGAAAAAGGGAGAUGUGGAGCUGGUUUGGGAUGCAAGGGAUUGA